GGGAAAGAGAAGCCACAGGUUGAGAAGUCCGGAUAAAACGGAGACUACUGUGCCUCCUGGCCCUCCCUCCGGUUUCCUCUUCCCUUCUGCCGCUCCCCUCUUCUUCCAAACGGCCAGCGCGCACAGCUCCAAAGAUUUUUUUUUUUCUUUUACAGGGGAAGAGAGAGAGGAGGAGGAGGAAUAGGAGAUGGGGAGGGAGGAAAGGUUCCCGGUGUGGGAGGCGGCACUUCUCGCCGGCGUCGCCGCCGCCUUCGCCACGGGGCUCGUCGGCGUCUACCUCUCCAUGCCUCAUUCCGACUACAGCUUCCUCAAGCUGCCGCGGAACCUCCAGGAGCUCCAAAUCCUCACCGACCAUCUUGAGGACUACACGAGUGACUACACAGUGCAGGUGCUGGUGGGCUAUUGCGCCGUAUACAUCUUCAUGCAGACAUUCAUGAUCCCAGGAACCAUAUUCAUGUCCCUCCUUGCCGGAGCACUAUUUGGACAGCUUGGUGGUCUUGCUCUGGUGGUCUUUGCCGCAACAGCGGGAGCUUCUUCCUGCUAUUUCCUGUCUAAGUUGAUUGGGAAACCGUUGGUCUUCUCAUUGUGGCCUGACAAGCUUGGGUUCUUUCAGAAGCAGGUUGCGAAAAGGAGAGAGAAGCUGUUGAAUUACAUGCUUUUCCUUAGAGUAACUCCAACAUUGCCCAAUACUUUCAUUAAUUUUGCGUCGCCAAUAGUGGACGUGCCCUACCAUAUCUUCUUCCUGGCAACCUGUAUCGGCCUCAUCCCAGCUGCUUAUGUGACUGUCAGGGCUGGAAUAGCUUUGGGAGACUUGAGCUCGUUGAGUGACCUAUAUGAUACACAAUCAAUAGCACUGAUGUUCUUGAUUGGGGUUGUUUCGGUGACACCGACAUUGUUGGGCAAGAACGAGAAGCAACAAGACGAAGCGUCAGAGGUGGCAGCUAGCAGUAGCUGAUCACUUACACGCCAACCCCUUCACAUCUCCCCCUCUGUACAUAUGAAGAUCGUGCAUUUGGGUGUUUCCAUGGCCUUGUUUGGCUCAAUGUAACGUAUGGCCAGCCAAAGGGCAACAGAUCACGGUAAUGGACCCUUUCUUUCUCCACUUGUGGAACCCUUUGUUCAUGGUGCAACGAAGGGGACACCUUUACUGUCACACCCUUAUGAUCCUAUGAAACAAGAUGGGAUAUACAAGAGCAAAAUGCGCCAUUUGUUCUGUUUAACAUCUUGUCUAGAUUGAAGGAACAGCUGAUCUUUAUUAUCAUCAUUGUACAUUCCACUGCUAACCAGAUUUAAGUCAAGAUCUAAUUCAGUGUUCCAUGGAACCUUGCCUUAA